GGGGCCCGGGCGGGCGGCGCGGCGCGGCCAUGAGCGGGCGGCCGGCCCCGGUCUCCCGCAAGCAGCGGCUCAUGGCAGCCGUAGGCGAGCGGGCGGCGGGCGGCGCGCCGCUCUCCUGCUUCAUCUGCGGCGGUGGCAUCGGGCGCGGCAAGGAGCUGAAGCUGCAGGUGAAGCAGCCGGCGGCGGGCGCGGGGGCCCCGGCGCAGCCCUUCUUCCCGUUCCUGCAGCAGCAGGAGCCGGCGCCCGGCGCGCGCGAGCUGUCCCCGGCCGACGGCUGUGUGCUGGUGUGCGCCGUGUGCCGCUGCUUCCUGGGCGAGCAGUGGGCCGCCUUCGAGCGCGCCCGCACGCCGGUGGACAAGCGCAUGUACUGGCUCAAGCGGCCCCACCAGUGCGACGCGGGCGCGGGCGGCCGCCGUGGCGGCGCCGGGGCCCCCCGCGAGUGGAACGUCGCCUACGCGCUGGGCAGCGCCGGCGGCGACGACGACGAGGACGACGGUGGCGGCCCCCGGCUCCGCGGGGCCGCCGAGGAGACGCGAGACUCUGACCUGUCGGAGCUGUCGGACACGGACCCACUUUCCGAGCCCGACCCGCCUGCGCGAGACGCGGCCAGCCCCCACCGGGACGGGGCCCCGGGGCCAUGGCCUCGCGGGGGGCGCGGCCAGGAGUGGAGGCCAGCUCCGGGACCCGCUCCGGGACAGGGCGCAGAGGCCGCGGCGCAGGGGCGCGCGGAGCACGAGGGGCUCCCCGCGAAGGCCCACGCAGAUGGGGAGCCUAAGGCCGGGGUUAGGCGCCGGCGGAAGGGGGUUGGGAGGCACUGGGUUCCUGAGGCCCGGGCCAGCGUCCUGAGGGGCAUUCAGAAUCCUUGGCAAGGUCCUCCUGUCCAAGAGGCUUCUGCAGACGGCAUGAAAGGGCCUCCCUCGGGCAGAGCCUCUAAGCCCCUGGAGAGCAGGCCGCUGAGGGAGACCCUCCGGGGCUUCUGCACAUCCGAGGACAGUGACAUCAAUAUCACCAGUGGGGAAGAGGACCACAAGGAGCAGCCUUACCCAGGCGUCUGCAACCCCAAAGCGAAGGAGAACAGUGGCCCUGUCCCCCGGGCUCUCCCGGACAGCCGGGCGGCACCACCAGAGGGCCUUUGCUGCUACAUCUGCGGGUCCCCGCUGUCCCCGGCCUCGCACCACCAGGUCCACGUGCAGAAGCAGGAGAAGCUGGCGCAGGCCCCGUUCUUCCCCUUCCUGUGGCUGCACAGCCCGCCCCCAGGGGCACAGCCCAUCAGUGAGGGCGGCAGCACCCUGGUGUGCGCCAGCUGCUUCUCCUCCCUCACGCAGCAGUGGCAGAGCUUCGAGCUGGCCAACGUGCCGGUGCUGCAGCGACUCUAUGUGGUGCCCCUGGACAGCCACGCCCCCGGCAUGGCCUCCAAGGGCAGGAGGCUCCCGAGAGAAGAGGGCCUGCCCUCCGGGGCCCUGCGAGAGGCCUGCUACCUUUGUGGGGAGGACUGUACCCCAGAUGCCCGGGCGGUCCCCUCCAGGAUCCUCAAUGGCAACGCCAGGAGCGCCAUGCAUUUCCCCUUCCUCAGCCUCCUUCCCUGCCCGCCCAACGCCCAGGGCCCCAACAAGCGCUGUGAGGUCCGCAGCUGCCCCAAGUGUUUCAGCGUCCUAGAGGAUGUCUGGGCCCUGUACAGGGCCUGCCAGAACGAGGAGCUCAUCACCUCCGUGCAGGGCUUCCUGGGCAGGUACCACCAGGCCUUCUCCGCCUCCGACCCUGCCCUCUCCGAGCUGCCCGCGUCAGCCCAGGGCGGCCCCGUGUCCAUCUGCUACAUCUGUGGGGCUGAGCUGGGCCCCGGGAAGGAGUUCCAGCUCAACGUGAACCCUGCCAGCCGCUUGGGCGAGAAGGAGCCCUUCUUCCCCUUCCUGACUGUGUACCCGCCUGCCCCUCGUGCCAGGCCUGUGGACUCCACCGGCCUGGUGGCCACCUGUGUGCUCUGCUACCAUGACCUGCUGGCCCAGUGGCUGCAGCAUGAGGCCCGCAGCACCCACCAUGCUGUCAGCGCCUGGUCCCGGCAGUACCAGGUGGAGACAUUCGUGUGCUUCUUUUGCCAGCAGGAGAAGAAACGGUGUCUGGGCCUGAAGUCCGUGCGGGUGGCCCGGCUGCCCCUGUUCCUAUACACCUUGCGAGCAAGCCACAGCCUGUUGGUGGAUGACGGACAGCAGCUGAUCAUUGGCGCUUGCGUGGAGUGUGGGACCCUGGUGUGUGCGGGUCAAGGGCUCAACCGCCAGGGACCCAUGAGCUGGAGCUCCCCAGUGGCAACAGUGACGAAGGGACAUCUGAGGUCUGCGGAGAGCGUCUGUCGUCACCCGCCCAUCAGGCCACGUGCACAUCUGUUUCCCAUGCUUCCUGACUAUCUGCGCCCACACGGUCCAGGCUCUUGGAACACCUGGUCAGGACUGAUUGGAAGGGGGGACCUUGUGGAAGGCUGUGGCCUGAAGCUCCUCGGGGGCUCCGUGCUGGCGGCAGGCCUUCUGCCCGUGAUCUGA